AUGGUGUCUAAGAAAGAUAAACAGAUUCAUUCCGACCAUAACCCUCAAGAUGCUUCCCCGGUAGAGUGGGCGGAAAUUCGACAUAAGCUACUUGCGUUUCAAGAGAACAUUCAAUCAGGCUCUGACAUUGACGCUAGGUCUGAUGAUCCACAGAUGUGUGGACUUUAUGUCUCAGAUAUCUACGAGUAUCUCCGUGAAUUAGAGGUGAAGCCAAAGCUAAGACCUUUACAUGAUUACAUUGAAAAGAUUCAAGAAGAUAUAACACCAAGCAAGAGAGGUGUUUUGGUAGAUUGGUUAGUGGAAGUUGCUGAAGAGUUCGAACUCGUGUCUGAAACACUCUAUCUCACUGUCUCUUACAUUGAUAGAUUCUUGUCAUUAAAGAUGGUUAACGAGCACUGGCUUCAGCUUGUGGGAGUUUCUGCAAUGUUUAUCGCUUCGAAGUAUGAAGAGAAACGUCGCCCUAAAGUGGAGGAUUUUUGUUACAUUACGGCUAAUACUUAUACGAAACAAGAUGUGUUGAAGAUGGAAGAGGAUAUACUUCUCGCGCUUGAGUUUGAACUAGGAAGGCCUACGACAAAUACUUUUCUAAGACGGUUCAUAAGGGUUGCACAAGAAGAUUUCAAAGUGCCAAACUUGCAGCUAGAGCCUCUUUGUUGCUAUCUGUCAGAACUAAGUAUGUUAGAUUAUAGUUGUGUGAAGUUUGUUCCAUCUUUGUUGGCUGCUUCUGCUGUCUUUCUCGCUCGAUUCAUCAUCCUUCCUAACCAACAUCCUUGGAGUCAAAUGUUGGAAGAAUGCACAAAGUACAAAGCGGCUGAUCUACAAGUGUGUGUGGAGAUCAUGCUUGACUUGUACCUGAGCAGAAGUGAAGGUGCUUCAAAAGCUGUUAGAGAGAAAUACAAGCAACAUAAGUUCCAAUACGUUGCGGCAAUUCCUGUCUACCAAGAGCUUCCGGUUACCUUUUGGGAGGAUGUUGUUACCAUUUGA